GCGCCACACACAUCCACGAUACGAUGACACCUUCGAUUACGGCGACGUAAAGAUUUAAUUUCGCGGAUCACGUGAGAUACAAAAAGCAAAGGUUAUACAUAAUCCCUCGAGAAGCAUGGUGCUCGAGUCUGUGAUUGUCGACGUUUUAAACAAAUUUCUGGGUGACUACGUUGAAAGUGUCGACAGGAAGCAGCUUAAAGUUGCUUUUGGUGGUGAUAUCGCUUUAGACGACUUGGUGCUGAAGCAAAAUGCACUUGAUGAAUUGGACUUGCCAGUCAAAACUGUUUACGGCCGUUUGGGAAAAUUGGUUUUGACCAUCCCUUGGACGAAUCUGUACAAGGCUCCAUGGAUUGUACGUAUUGAGAGAGUAUUUUUACUCUCUGUGCCGAAUGAAGAGGUCAGUUAUGAUGCCGAAAAAGAAGAUCGCCUGGCCCAAGAGGCGAAACAGAAGGAAAUCGCUAAGGUUGAGGAGGCUAAACGUCUUGAAGAACUGAAAGGCUCCACAAAAAAAGAAGAUGCUGGUUUUGUGGAGAACUUGGUGGCUCACAUCAUCAAGAAUGUCCAAGUGACGAUCAAAGAUAUUCACCUGAGAUAUGAGGACCGAGUGACGCAUCCUGGUUCUCCAUUUUCUUUAGGAAUUACUCUAAGCAGUCUCAAGUUGAUGUCGACUGAUGAGUCUGGGAAACCCACUGAUGCCAAACAAACCAUAAGCAUUUUCCACAAAGUUUUAGAAAUGGAGGGUUUGGCGUUCUACUGGAAUUCUAAUUCACAGUUGUAUUCAAAUUAUGAAGAAGUCGCCAGACUGCAAAAGUUUCAAAACGAAAUUGCCUCCAAGAACAAUAUGCCUUCAGGAUAUAAUUACAUGUUUGGUCCUAUUUCUGCCACUGCCCAACUGCAGUUGAAUCCAAAACCAGAGCAAGAUGAAUCGAAAUUCAUGAUUCCCAAAGUUCAACUUGACAUGAACAUGAACGUCUUGUCAAUUGGUAUAUCCAAAAUGCAAUACAGGGAUUUGGUGAAGUUUUUAGAGUCCAUGGACAGAAUGGCCAGAGCUGCUCCUUACCGGAAAUACAGACCUUUGGUCAACAAAUACAGGGGACAUUACAAGACAUGGUGGAAUUUCGCUUAUGAUUGCAUCUUGGAGACUGAAAUCAGAAGGCGGCGCAAGAACUGGGACUGGAACCACAUUCUCCGUCAUAGAAAGCGGUUAAAGAGGUACGAGAAGGUAUACAAGGAAAAGUUGGAAGCAAAGAAGCCAAGCGAGGAGCUCUUGAGAGAGAUAAGAGAACUCGAGAAGGAAAUUGACGUUUUCAACAUAAUUGUUAUGAGGAAACGAGCUGAGGUCCAGGUUCAGAAAACAAAGAAACUGGAAGAGGAAAACAAAAAGAACGCUGGAUGGUUUGGCGGGUGGUUUGGUGGAGGAGGAUCAUCUGCCGAUAAAAAUUCAGCAUCUGAUAUAGCAAACAAAAUUGAUGCUGCCAUGACUUUAGAUGAAAAGCAAAAACUGUACCAAGCCAUCGGCUACCAAGAAAACGCCGCUCCAGCUCAAUAUCCUCACUUCUUUGUGGCUGUGAAAACAUCAUUCACUCUGGGAUCCCUCCAAGUGGUUGUAAAUGAUGAGGAUAUUCCAGACGGAGAAGUUGUCAAAUUGGUCAUUUCUGGGGUCAAGUGCAACCUGGAACAAAGACCUUCAGCCCAAGCAACCAAAGUGGAAAUGAAAAUGCAGAAUCUGAAAGUAACUGGCACAACUCAAAACGGGCAAGAGCCACUCAUGGCCUACCCUCUGACUUCAGGAACACUCGGCAAACCAAGCUUGCUGAGCAUUUUGUUUGAGACUAAUCCUAUGGAUCGACUUUGCGACCAGCGUUUGCGAAUUCUGGCUCAACCUCUUGAGAUGAUGUACGAUGCAGAAACCGUCAUUAGAAUUAUGGACGUGUUCAAACCACCAGAAAAGCCCUCCCUCAAACAACUGCAAGCAAUGGCUGUUUCAAAAUUGGAGGAUAUUCAGGACAGAUCUGCCACUCUCCUUCAACAUGCAAUUCACCAGCAGAAGGUUCUAGAUUUAGACAUCAAAGUAGCUGCUUCCAGAAUGAUACUGCCCCAGCUUGGGAAAAUAAAUAUAUCUGAACCAGUGCCAGUCCUUGUAGUGAGUCUCGGCAGUUUGUCGAUUGCUUCUUGCGCGCGCGACAAGGGACUUCCAAACAUCAGCAACAUGAUCCAAGCUGGAAGCUCUGAACAGGAGGUGCUCCAAGAAAUGUUUUCGCAAAGCUAUGAAAAGUUUUCUCUACAGCUCAAAGAAGUCCAGGUUCUUGUUGCAAAGCCUGGAGAAGACUGGGAAGAAAAGCUUACAAAAACCUCAGAAUCAAAUUUGCACCUUGUGCAGCCCAUGAGCAUCGAUAUCAGCUUGCAUCGCAGUUUGCUUAUGAAUGACCCAAGGAUCCCUCAAUUCAAAAUAGCUGGACAGCUGCCAUCACUCAAUCUACAUCUGUCUGAGGAAAGACUAUUGCUCACUGCAGGCAUUUUAGUCAGCGUUCCAUUUCCAGAAUCGGAACCUGAACCUCCUCAAGCUUUGACCGAGGGCAGAUCUAUGAGCAAAAGUAUCAUGUCACUAACCCAAAUGGGACUUGUUGACAAAAGAAAGCUGGGCUCAAAUCAAAACGAAGGACUGGAACUUGUUGUCAGCUCCGUAAAAAUGGACGUUUGGUUUGAAAUGAAAGAGUUCCGAGUUGUUGUCACUCGCAAAGAUGAUACUGGCAAAUUGUCAAAGCUUGUUGAUUUCUCUCUUAUGUCCGUUGAAUUGGAGAUGGUGCAGAGAUCUUUUGAUAUGAAUCUAGUAUUGAGACUUGGCGGUGUCUCUUUGGAGCAAACCAUAAACGGUGCAACAAGAAAAGCGAUCACCACCCCCAUGUCGGAUGGGAAAGCAGAUUAUUUGUUCACCACCCGACUGUUUAUUGUGAACAGAAAGUCCCCUGAAUUUUCAACAGUGCAUCACAGUAUUGAAAAGUUGCUCGAAGUCACUUUUUCAUCUCUGGAUCUCGCGCUGCACCAGAGUGGAAUCCUACAAGUGAUGGAAUUCUCGCAAAAUUUGCAGGACAAAAUCUCCUCUCUGAAACCUGCGCCUCAACAGCCUAAGGAUAGAUUCGCUUCCACCAUGGGUACAGGAGAUCGACUGCUCGCAACCAUUGUUGAAGAGGAUAACGCGAUGACCCUGAAACCAGUGGCUCCUGGGAAGAAGGCCACUAAGAAAAUUAUCAUGCUGAAGUUGGUGGCCAGGCUGGAAAACCUGAGUGUCAGCCUGUCAAAUCCUGAGAGAGAACUAACCAAGCUUACACUGCAUGGAGUGCGAAUGGAUGUGAUGAUGUUGCAAGGGCAGAUUGAAAUAGAGUCUGCUCUUCAGAAUAUGCUCAUUACCGACUGCAACCCAAACACCAUCUACAAAAAAAUUCUCGAGUCUGAAGGAGACGAGGCUCUCUCUGCCAAGAUUGUUAUGUAUGAAAAGCCCAACGAGAACCAGCCUGCAAUGGAAAUUCAGGCUCAUAUGGCUUGCUUGAAAAUUUUCUUCCUCAACCGAUAUGUCAGCGGACUUUUGGGAUUUUUAAAUAACUUCCAAACAGCUCUGAUUGCAGUUCAAGCGGCGUCAGCUGCUGCUGCCGAAGCAGCAAGACAAAACAUCCAACAUGCAUACCAAAAUGCAACCAGAAUUGCACUAGACUUGGAAAUCAAAGCCCCUGUUAUUAUUGUUCCGAGAAGUUUGAAAAUGCGAGAUGCAUUCAUGCUGGAUUUAGGUACAAUUGUAAUGAAAAAUAAGUUCUCUGAGCUGCAGAUUCCAAAUGAAAGCCGGACAGUGUCAAUGGACACGUUAACGCUUGGUCUAAGAAAACUUCACGUUACUAGAGUAAUGCUAGAUGACUCAAACAAUGCUGUAAACCGGACUCACCUGAUCACUCCCUUUGAUUUCACUGUAUUGGUGAAAAGAAACUUGUCCAUUGGCUGGUGCAAGCAAAAACCAGCCAUUGAUUUGGAGAGCACAAUGGAUGCCAUCAAAUUGGACGUCCGGCAAGAAGAUGUGCGGCUGGGAAUGCUGCUCCUCGGUGAAAAUUUGGGAGAUGUUGAACAUGUUGUUGAACCAGUUGACCACGUAAAUGUCGAGACAUUGCAAGUUGAAGUCGAAACCACUCAAAGACAGCAACGCCCUAAAUCACUGAGAAGCACAUCAACUGUCAGCAGAGCGUCAGAAUUUACAGUGCCUGUGCCUGAAAAUGUUUUCAAGCACAUGACAUUCAACUUUUUAAUGAAGAGCAUUGAAGUGAACCUGUUAGUUCCAGCUACAACGCCGGCUGGAAGUGAUGACAGAAAUGGGCUAGCGCACUUCAACAUGAGAAGUCUGAAAGUGCAAGGAGUAAUGUACUCAAAUGGUGCCAUGAUUGUUGUCAUGCAGUUGGAGGAUUGUGCCCUAAGAGACAUGCGCCGACUGAAACUGUGUGCGGAAAACCGCAUAUCAGACCUGCUGAGCCUGAAAGCCACCAGAGAAAAGAGCCCCAUGCUGCAUCUGAACUACAAUCAGUCUACAACCAACACGAUACUAACUUGCAAAGUUUCUGGAUUCAAUUUGGUCUUGUGCUUGGACUAUCUGAUGAGAAUCUCUGAUUUCUUUGUUUCCGCGAUGCCUCAGGAAACUGCCAAGAAAGUCGAAAAAGCGAAACCUGCUGGUUCAAGAAACGCAUCCAGGCCAUCAUCUGCCGGAAACAAGAUGGACAGUUUGACUGCGAGAGAGAAUGUUUUUGAGCUAAAAGUGGUUUUAGAAAAACCAGAUAUUAUUCUUGUUGAAAGCAUGUCUGACAUCAACACGAGAGCGCUGAUUUUCAGCGUCGAAGGAAAUGGCAGAAUCAGAAUGACUCCAGAGAAACAGGUCAUUGAUUUCGGCAUCAAGAGCAUUCAGCUGUAUUCGUGCAUAUUCAACCCAGAACGAAGGAAGGACACGCUUUGCCAGGUUGUCAGACCCUGUGAACUGAGUGUUGCUGGCUCCUGUUCUACUGGACAGCAACCUCACAUAGAGGUCAUGUUGUCUCCAAUUCGCAUCUCUGUUACCCCUGGAACGAUCAACAUCCUCACCAAUACAAUGUCAGCCCUUGGGUCAGGAAUGGAAGAUAAAGAGGAUGAUGAGAUUAAAGUACAGCCUGACUGGAGUCUUCUGUGGCGGCCAAAACCAUUUAAAGAAACAGACCAUUGGUUUUUGCUCACUGAAGAAGGGGUUGAUGCUCUCUCAAUGUGUGAAAUUCCAACUGAAACCCCGUCAGGAGAUGGAGGCCAAAUUGUUGUGACUGCACCUUCGUUUGAGAUCACUUUGGAAGCUGGAUUUGGCAUCAAGACUCUUCCUCUGAUCUCGCUUCAAAGCAGAAUGCAAGCUACAAUGUCAGACUGGGCAAGGAACUUGCAAAUUUCAGGUGUGUUGUAUCUGCAGAUGUCGUACUACAACAAGAGGCUUGCUCUCUGGGAGCCCUUGAUCGAGCCACAAGUCCGAAAUGAAAAGCAUUUUCCUUGGGAACUUAAGUUUGAGUUGAAGAAGAAUGCAAACAAUUCGCCUUUCCUCUCACCCCUCUCUGACGAGGUUGACGCUAUAGCUGUGCAGCCACCAGCAACAAGCAUUAGAGUCGAGUCGGACAGUAAUCUGGAAAUCACUGUGUCUAAGGCAUGCUUGGACGUCAUGACAAACCUAAGCAAAGCUUUCCGUUUGGCUGUGCAAGAAGGGCCAAAAGUUAAAGAAUUGGAAGGUUCACCUUAUCAAAUCGUUAACCAGACUGGAAUCAAAGUUGUGCUUCUGCUGAAAGAUACCAAUUUUGUGGUUAAUGAUGACAAUGGUGGAAAUAGUCCCAAUAAUGUUGAACAAGUUGUGCUGGAAAGUGGUGCUGAAUGUGGUUUGAUUUUAAAAGAAAUUGCAACUCCCGCAUAUGACACUGAAAAGUCCAUAUUGAGUGAACAGGUUCAAGAAAAAUUCCUUCACGUCAAGGUCCCGGACAAAGGAUGCAUCAUCAAGAUUCCGAUUGUUCGAGCUGAGAAGAGGUACUUCACGCUGGCCACAAAGCCAGAAAAACAAGGGCUUGUUUCUGAAGUCAUCGUGGAUGGCAGCAGCACAAUUGUCACAUUGAGGUCUAUCAUCCAAGUGCACAAUCAGUUCAGCCUUCCAGUGGACGUUUAUUUCAUGACAAAGAGGGGAAACGAAGUUGCCUGCGUUGGAGUUGUCCAGCCGGGCCAAAAACUAGACUUGCCAUUGCAUGCUGUAUACACACCAACCUGUGAAAUCUUCUUCAGCCUUCCAGGACAUACUGUGUGCAUCACACCUUUCAUUUGGAAAGAGCUGCAAAACACAAUCACCAUCAACAAGCUUCUUCAGUGCGAUGCAAAGAACAAGGAUGCCAAGGAACCAUACUUCAUCAGAGCUGUAGGCGAAAUGGAGCAUGUCUACUUUGAAGCAACAACCAUGAGAACCAUGCACAGCUGCAUUUUCAACAUAUCUUUGAGACCAACUGUCAUCUUGAAGAAUUUGCUUCCGAUUUUCUUGGUGUACGUGGCAGAAAAGGGCGGAAAGGAGCUGGAGGUGAAGCCCGGAGAGAGCAUCCACCUGCCAACGGUUGAGCCAGGGAAAGGACUGAUGUGUUUGAGGUUGGAUGACUAUUUGGAGAAGAACUGGUCUUGCAAAAGAGAAAUCGCUGCUGUUCCGCCAGAACUAUCUGUUUGGUCAUUUGAUUCAUAUGAUAGUUUGGCCAAAAUGUCUCUUGAUAUGGGAAUGCACACGGUCAACGUUAACGGCACUCUCUACAUGUCUCUCUACUCGCCAUUCUGGAUGAUUAACAAGACUGGAAAGAUGUUGUCUUACAGGAAGUCGCGUAAAACAGAGAAAAACGAGGCCUCAGGCAGUCCUCUGAAGAAAUGGUCAUCUGUUGUGUCCGUGUCCAGCAAGAAUUGGGAACAAUCGGAAGAGACAACAAACAUCAUGUACCAUCCACCUGACUUUGAAGGUCCAAUUUUGUUUUCUUUCCGACCCAAAGUCUUCUUCGGUAAAAAGAAAGCAGCAAUUAGGGUUGAUGACAGUGAAUGGUCCAACAAAUUUUCCUUGGAUGUUGCUGGAAGUUCUGGCUCAGUCAGCUGCAAGACUUCAAAUGAUAUUUUGCAGAUCGGCGUCAGCAUUCAACUAUCCAGCUCAAAUCUGACAAAACUUGUGACAUUCAUCCCAUACUACAUGCUGGUCAACCACACCAGCUUUGUGAUCCAGUGUCAGGAAGGAGACCGGCCUGCAGAUCCAUGGACUGACAUCGAGCCCUCGCAAUGCUCUCCUCUGUGGCCUAGGGGAACCGGCCACCACGACAACACACUCAGGUUGAGGGUUAAGGGCACUAACGAGACAACAGCUCCUUUCUCUUUCACAGAGAACAUCAAUAUGCUGCUUAAACUGCACAAUAAGUUUGGAGGGAUCAAUGUUGACGUGCAGGUGUCAGAAGGCAACAUUUUUGUCAACUUGAGCGCGUAUGAACCAGGAUUGGCGCCUGCCCUGAUUGUCAAUCACACCAAAUACUCAAUUGACUUCUGGGAAAAACAAGCUUCACCAGCCAUAAAAAAAUUGGCGCCGAUGGAGCAAGCUCUGUUUGCUUGGGACGAUCCUAAGGGCCAGCGGAAGCUGGUUUGGAAUGGAGAAAACUCGAACCGGAAGAAGGAAGAAGUCAUCGACUUGCUCAGGAAGGACGGCUGGGGUAAACUAUGGGUGCCUGGAACCAUGGAGGACGAGAUCCUCUACUGGGUUUCUUUCCUGAAUGGAAUGCAGAGAUUGCUGCUUUUCACGGCCAACCCUGAGGUCAUCAACAAUGCCAAGGCGGCAGCUGAUUUGGAACCCAUUUCUCUGGAAAUGACAAUUUCCUUGCAAGGCAUUGGACUUUCCUUGGUUUCUGAGUUGGACAAGAAAAUUCUGGAGCUGCUCUACAUGCGACUAGCCAGCUCUGGCAUUAUUUGGGAAAGCAAAAAGCCCAAGAAACGAAACUAUGAGCGGAUCAACAAUUUUGAUUCGCUAACUUUGGAGACCGCGCACCGCCACUUCAUCCUCGGCCAAGGAAGUCAGUUUGUAAAGCUGUCUGAUGGCGCUGAGGUGGACUUAUCCUGCAACCGAAUUGUCGUACCAUACGUCAAGGAACUUCGACGCACACACAAUCCAGGAAUUUGGUUCCAAAUGAAGAUUUCCACGCACCAGCGAAUGGUGCAUGCCAAGCUGAACCAUCUACAGAUCGACUGUCAGAUGCCAAACUGCAUGUUCCCCAACAUACUGGCUCCAGUUCCUCCUCCAAAGAGCAUUGCUGCCGACCAAGCUAUGCGGCCAUUUGUGGAAUUGAGCGUGGUGCAGCGGUUGUUGGAACACAGUCCUGUGCAGCAGUUCAAGUACUUGCGGGUUCUCGUCCAAGAAUUCCAUGUCAAGCUGGAGCUUGACUUCCUGAAUGCUCUGCUGGGGAUGUUCGCGUCUGAAGAAAAUCUUGAUGCAGAUGAUACGGAAAAGUUUGCCACUGACGUUCAGGUUGUGCAGCAGCCAUUGCUCUCUUUGAUUGCUCUCCAGACAGCGCAAGAACAGAAGAACUUUUACGACGAGCUACAUUUGUCGCCUUUAAAGAUUCACAUCAGCUUCUCAAUGAGUGGUGGAGUAGGGAAAAUGAAUGGCUCUUCUCAGCUGAACAUCAUCCAUGUCCUGUUGGAGAAUGUUGGAGUGACUCUGACAGAUCUUCAAGAUGUGGUCUUCAAAUUGGGAUACUUUGAGAGAGAGUCCUCGUUCUUGACGCAGCAACAAUUGAUCCGAGAGGUGCAAUCCCACUACACACAACAAGCAAUCAAGCAGUUGUACGUUUUGGUGCUUGGCCUUGAUGUGAUUGGAAAUCCGUUCGGCCUUUUCCUUGGGUUGACCCAAGGAGUAGGAGAUCUUUUCUACGAGCCUUUUCAGGGUGCGAUCCAAGGGCCUGGAGAGUUCGCAGAAGGCCUAAGGAAUGGCGUGAGAAGUUUGUUUGGUCACACCCUAAGUGGCACGGCGGCUGCCAUGUCCAAAAUCACUGGAACGUUUGGUAAAACCCUGGCAAAUCUGAGCAUGGACGAAGAAUUCCAGAGGCGUAGAAGAGAGCAACAGCAAAAUAGGCCUGCGGCGCUCCACGAGGGACUCGUCCACUCAGGAAAAGGCCUCGUCUCAAAUGUGGUAAGUGGCGUGACUGGAGUGAUCACGAAGCCAGUGACUGGUGCUAGAGAUGAGGGGGUUGGAGGCUUCUUCAAGGGCCUUGGUGCUGGAAUGUUAGGCCUUGUCACUCAACCAACUGGCGGGGUCAUUGACUUUGCCAGCAACACUUUCGAAAGUGUGAAAAGGGCAGCUGACACUACCGAAGAGCAACGUCCUCUCCGAUAUCCGAGAUUUUUCCAACAAGAUGGUUUGGUCAGACCCUACAAUGAAGCUGAAUCUUUCGGCAACGCUCUCUUGCACGUCGUGGAUAAAGGGAAGUUCGCGAAGACUGACUACUACGUAUUCCACGCACUUCUUGGUAACAGCGGGAAGGAAGCAUUAAUUUACACUGACAACCGCAUCAUGUUUAUUUCUAAGAACGACAUUUUUGGCCAGUGGCAGGUCGACUGGAACCACCCUUGGUCAGAACUGUCGGGACCUCCUAAAGAGGAUCCCUCUGGGAUCAUUAUUCCCACAUCUGAGCCGCAAAGGAGGGUGUUAGGACUGUUCCGUUCUAGUGAAAGUGGCCGCACAGUUAUUAUUCAGGACAAUCAGUUAAAAAAGGAGCUCGUGCGAAUCGCACGAAAGAUCAUGGAUGAUCGCAUCCCGCAGUCUCCUAGAUGAGUUUUGGAUCCACCUAGACUCCUUCUGAUCUACUUCUAAGCGCACAUUUUCCGCACAUGUUUGCUGCCUUGGCACUGCUUUUAUUCAAAAUACUGCUGAUGGAAAUAUCUCAAUUUUAACUGGCAGCUAAGCAACGUUGACUGGCCUGAGGCUUAUGGAUUGGCGAACACAACAUCAUAGGGGUGGACCAGAAAGAGACUUAGGUGGUUUGCUUAGGCACUGCGUAUACAUUUGCUAAAUGUUUUGAAGUUCCUUGUUGUUGCUUUUGGAAAUCAAAACUAUUUUUACUUCACAAGCACUUCUCUGCACAAUAUGUAUGGAUACUUAGCCAAAUAAAAAUAUGUGCAUUGAUCAAGUGCCUACAAUUACGUUAACCUAAUUUUGUCAUGUCGUUUGCUUGUUAAAAAAUAAUAAUAAAGCUGCUUAAUCAAUAAA